AUGGAUAGCUUGGGGUCGAAUUAUAUAAGAAAGGUUUUUUUAUUUUUUUAUAUUACGCCGUUGAGACUGCUACUUGAUUCGAGGACUUGAUUGAAGAAAGAGAAUUUUAAAACAUAUUUUAGUACAACGUGCGAAACACGUAUUAAGAUUCCUGCAAUAAGGAAAAAAUGCAUGUGCGAUGAAAGAAAUCCGUUUCGCUGACGUUAAUCAUCGCAUAAUCAUGAGAACAAUGGAAGCGAGAGUUACGUAUUCCGUAAUCAUUCGCGAAUUCGAUAGUCAGACUAACAAGUAAAGACAUUAUUGAGAGAAUCGCCAGAAAUAUUCUGACAUGCAGGAUGCCUCCCUACGUUUGUGAUUCCUAUGUGAGAAAUCGCGCGUGAUCCGCAAGUUAAGAUCAGUCGAAGUAUAAAGAAAACUUAAAAAAGGACUUUCGUCAGUCAUUAAGUUAAUUUUGGCCCUCGCUUUUGGUAUCUCGCGAGUAUCAUGAGGACCGAAGCGAUUUAUUUGUUUGUGGCUAUCGCUGGCCUACAGUUGAAUGAAUGCGUCUCUUUCAUGGACUUCUUGCGCAGCGUGUUUCGAGCGGGAAAGAAUGAUUUGGAUGAAAAUGGAAUCUCAUAUCCCGUGCUAUACAGUAGUGCACGAAGACAGCCAAUGGUUCCCGACAAUGUUCCGUUCCCUUGCAACGCGCAUCUCGGCAGAUCGUCCUCGAUACCGGAUAGUGUCCAUCGUCUGAAACCAGGUGACAUCGAUGUGAUUGGUGGUCUCGGUGAUUCCUUAGUUGCCGGAAGCGGUGCUUUGGAAGAAUUCGCUAUGGGAACCUUUAUCGAGGCACGAGGAGUUAGCUGGUGCGUCGGAGGUCAAGGCAAUUGGAGGCAAUUUCUAACACUUCCCAAUAUCCUCAAGGUGUUCAAUCCGAGAUUAACCGGAUAUUCCACGGGCACCGGUGAGUUUAUUUCAUCAUCAGCGAGAUUGAACGUCGCUUUUCCAGUUGCUGCUACGGAGGAUGCAUUGAAGCAGGCGCGAAUCCUGGUGCAGAGGAUCAAGAAUGACCCAAAGAUAAAUGUAAAGAAACAUUGGAAGCUAAUUACAAUCUUAUUUGGAGCUAACGAUAUCUGCUCGGCACAGUGUUACGAUCCGCAACAAUUCUCGCCGAUGCGGCAUGCUCUGCAUUUGCGAAGAGUGCUCGACUUUCUAAAGGUCGCAUUACCUCGUACACUGGUCAAUUUAAUUCCAACCAUAGACGUCACAGUCUCAAUCAGAGUGACCCGAAGUACUAUGUGCAAUAUAUUACACCCUCUUUACUGCGCUUGUAUGCACAAAGACAGUGAAGCGGAAAUUACCGCAUCGAGAAUGUCACGGCUCUAUCAGCAAGCUGCUGAAACUUUAGUACUCUCAGGAAGAUAUGAUAACUCCCCAGACUUCACGGUAGUAUUGCAGCCAUUCAUCAAAUUAUUUAACGCACCUAGUGCGGAUCCUGCUCGUGCAUCACCGAUUGACACCAGUCUGGUCACAUAUGACUGUUUCCACUUCAGUCAGAAAGGACAUGCGCUUGGUGCCAAUCUGUUAUGGAACAAUAUGUUCGAGCCAGUCGGGAACAAGACGGAGAAAGGAUUGCCGAGAAUAUUGGAGAAAGUACUCUGUCCUAUGGAGAAUGCGCCCUACAUCUUCACGAAUAUCAAUUCGCGAUUUUUCCGAAUGACCGGAAGACAAGAUGGAAUCGCGCCUAGAUAACGUAAAAAUCAAUGGCUAGAAAAUUUUGUUAUGCUGUAUUGUA